AUGCUGACGAAGCUGAGCGAAGCACUGUGGAACUAUCACAGCCUUCUCCUGAUCAUCCUCACGCCGCUGCUGCUGCUCCCUCUUCCUCUGGUCAUCGGAACAAAGGUGCUCCCAGCCUGCUUCAAAACGGCCACCAUCGUCCCUGUACCCAAACCCUCCACCAUCUCUUCCUUAAACGACUGGCGACCGGUAUCCCUGACCCCCAUCAUGAGCAAACGCUUUGAAAGGCUGCUCGGGGACUUCAUCUGCGCUGUACUGCCCGACUCACUGGAACCGCUACAUACUGCCACAGCAGUGAUGAAGGCGCAGCAGCGCUCCUUUUUCAGGAGACUGAAGAGAUUCGGCAUGAGCUCCUGCAUCCUCGGGGCCUUCUACCGCUGUGCCUUUGAGAGCAUCCUCACUGGACGCAUCACCACGGGGUAUGGCAACAGCACCGCUUACAACCACAAAGCUCACCAAAGAGUGGUGCGCGUUUACCCAGAAUGCAACAGCAUCAACUUUGCAAACUGGUUCCUGUUGUGCCUGCCCAUCAGUGUUAUCAUGCUGCUGCUGACAUGGUUCUGGCUGUACUGGCUCUUCAUUGGCUCAGACUUCAAGUUCCUGUGGCAGUGUCGGGGAGAGCAGUCUGACAGAGAGAGGGCGGUGAAAAAGGUGCUGGAAGACGAGUACAAGAAGCUGGGAGCCAUUAGUUCUCAGGAGAUCUUCACCGGGGUGGUUUUUGUGGUGAUGGUUUUGUUGUGGUUGACCAGAUCUCCAGGUUUUAUACCCGGCUGGGCUUCCCUCUUCCCUCAUAAAUCCAACUACAUCACAGAUGCCACUGUUGCUCUGGUGCUGGGCGUCCUCCUCUUCUUUGUACCUGCUCACGGACCCUCCAGAAAAUAUGGUGGGAAAUAUGAGUCAGGUCUCUCUUUGUGGGUGGCCAGGCUGAUGACACCUCUGGGCGACCUCCCGGUCUUAGCAACAGUCACAAUUGCCUGUCUCAUUGUCACCACGCUAACAGAAGUGACCAGCAACGCCGCCACCAUCACCAUCUUCCUCCCCAUUCUCUCCCCACUGGCCGAGGCCAUACACGUCAACCCGUUGUACAUCCUGAUCCCUGCCACCCUGUGCACAUCCUUCUCCUUCCUCCUGCCAGUGUCCAACCCGCCCAACGCUGUGGUGUAUGCCUAUGGACACAUCACUAUCAUGGAUAUGGUGAAGGCGGGGCUUGGUGUCAAUACAAUCGGAGUCCUCGCCCUCCUGCUGGCCAUGGCAACUUGGGGAAUUCCUCUGUUUUCGCUGGAUACGUACCCUGAGUGGGCUCCGACCUUCAACUCCACGACACCUUGAUGAGCGG